AUGGCCUCGCUCGAGCGCGUCGUCCUGACGUCCGAGAGCGUCUUCGCGACCGUCGCGCACGCGCUGUCGACGGAGCGGCAGGAGGUCAUGGGCCUGCUCUUCGGCCGGUGGGACGGCGCGGCCGUGGAGGUCGAGUCCGUCAUGCCCCUGCCGCGCCUCGACAAGCGCAGCGACCGCGUCGAGGUCACGGGCCCGCAGCUCGCCGAGGCCGCGCAGGUCGCCGAGUCGCUGGGGCUUCGCGUCGUCGGCUGGUACCACAGCCACCCGCACAUCACCGUGCAGGCGUCGCACGUCGACGUGCGGACGCAGGCGCAGUACCAGGCGCUCGACGGCCGCUUCUUCGGCCUGAUCUGCGCCUGCUUC